AUGCUUUUUCUCUUCACUGCUUGCUGCAUCUUCGUUUUCCUUUGCCUUCUUGCUGCUGUCAUCGUUUGCUGGUGCUUUGCUGACCGCUGGGUUGGAGGCCUCGUCACGGCUAUUGCAGCAGUGGUUGCAGCGGGUUUGCUGCUGCUGGCUUCAGUGUUUGUGCCUCGGCUGAUGCUGGCUGAGGCCUCGCGAAGAGCAGCAGCAGCAUUUAAAGAGUUUCAGCCAAAUUUAAUUAUUGCCAACUCCAUUGGCUGCUCCAUUCUCUUCAACUUGAAGGUUCCCAAGACGCCCCUCCUGCUGCUGUCGCCCUCCUGCGCAGCCUUCAGGCCUGCUGCAGCAGCAGCAGCAAAAGUGUCGCUUCGCAGGUGGCCAUACACUCUAGUUGUGCUGCAGGCGCAGCAGCAGCAGCAGCAGCAGCAAAGCAAAUUCGAUGAAGCCCUCAAACUCAUUCAAACUGCGCAGCCAGGCAGCAGCAGACUUGAAAUUCUCGAGAGCGACAGUGCCUCUUUCAAAAGGAUAGCCAGCGACGACCUCAGGGCUUGGGUGGAGGAGGUGUGGGAGAGGGGGAGGCAGCAAGUGCUGCAGCAGGCGCAGCAGCAAGAAGCAAAAGUGGAUCUGUCUCUUUUUGUCGAGCCUACGAGCAGCAGCAGCAGCAGUGCAAAGAACACCGCGCAGCAGCAGCAGUAG